AUGUGUAGAAUGUCUUUCUUACUGGUUAAAAUGUCAUUUGUGAAAUCCAGUAAUCAAACGCCACCACGUACAUCACAGUAUGUUGGACCAUAUUUAUUACAAAAAACAUUAGGAAAAGGACAGACUGGGCUUGUGAAAUUGGGUAUACAUUACUUGACAAACGAAAAAGUAGCAAUCAAAAUAGUGAAUCGAGAAGCUCUGUCAGAAUCAGUUCUUAUGAAGGUUGAGCGUGAAAUAGCAAUUAUGAAAUUGAUUGAACAUCCACAUGUAUUAAGAUUAUACGAUGUUUAUGAAAGCCGAAAAUAUUUAAUAUUAGAACAUGUUGCUGGUGGAGAAUUAUUUGAUUAUCUUGUUAAAAAAGGACGAUUAACACCAAAAGAAGCAAGAAAAUUUUUUCGACAAAUAAUAUCAGCACUCGAUUUUUGUCAUAGUCACAUGAUAUGUCAUCGCGAUUUGAAGCCAGAAAAUCUUUUAUUAGAUGAUAAAAUGAAUAUACGUGUAGCUGAUUUUGGUAUGGCAUCAUUACAAGUUGAAGGUUCAUUUUUAGAAACAAGUUGUGGUUCUCCUCAUUACGCUUGUCCAGAAGUAAUUAAGGGAGAAAAAUACGAUGGAAGAAAAGCCGAUGUUUGGUCGUGUGGCGUUAUCCUCUACGCACUUUUAGUGGGUGCAUUGCCAUUUGACGAUGAUAAUCUUCGUCAAUUGUUAGAAAAAGUGAAAAAAGGCGUUUUUCAUAUUCCACAUUUUGUUCCACCUGAUUGUCAACAACUUUUACGAGGAAUGAUUGAAAUCGAUCCAAAUAAACGUUUAACGACCACAAUAAUUCCAAAAGAAGAAGAUAUUGAUCCAGAUGUGUUUGGAGCAAUGACGUCAUUAGGUUGUUUCAAAGAUCGGCAACGUUUAAUUGAAUCAUUAUUAAAUUCGAAGCAUAACACAGAAAAAGUGAUUUAUUUCUUAUUACUUGAUCGAAAAUUAAGACAGCCAAGUAUGGACGAUACCGAAGAUAUUAAAUCACGAAGUCGUUCAGCUUCACCUGAUAUACCACACAAGCGUGUUGAUCGUCAUCGAUUUAAUGGUGGUAAUUCAAGUAUUAGUUCAAAUAUUCGUCCAAAUAUUGGUCAGUUAGCAGAAGGAUCACCAUUGGUACCCAGACGACAAUUACAUUCCAGCAUGAUUUUUUUAUCAAGUCCGUUUGAAGUCCAAGCAGUUAAAACCCGUCGUAUAUCAUUAAGACCUACUGCAUAA